UUCUUUAACUAUAUGCAGACAAUGGAAUUUAACUUUCUUCAUAUAAUCAAGAAUCUUAAUUACGUGCGGACAAAUGAAAUUGAACCAAUUCCACAUUCCCAACUCCCAACUGACACCUACUGAUAAGAUUUCCUUCUUCUGCAUCGUCCCUGUCCCGAAUGAAGCCUUCACCUGUCAUUAACACUGCCAAGUUAUUUAAUUCAUCAAAAUAUAUAAGUUAUUUUUUUUUGUAAUUCAGAUUCAAAUUUGAUCGUAAUUCGCCUGGAAAUCGUCGCGAUUCUGUAAUGACCCACAACUUGUUUUCUUCUUCUUCAAUGGAAGAAGCAGAGGCAGCAGUAAAGGACACAAGAAAGGAGCCAGCUUUUACUCUUCCGGUGGAUUCCGAUCAUAAGGCGACCGAGUUGAGGUUAUGGUCGUGGGCUCCUCCACAUAUGCGGGCGUUUCACCUUUCAUGGGUGUCUCUCUUCGCCUGCUUCUUCUCCACCUUCGCUAUCCCUCCUCUGCUUCCAGUCAUCCGUGAUGAUCUCAAUCUCACCGACACCGAUAUCGGCAACGCUGGAAUUGCAUCCUUCGUGGGUUCUAUCUUCUCUCGCCUUGCAAUGGGCCCUAUCUGUGACCUCCUCGGUCCUCGCCUCGCCUCUGCAACACUCUCUCUUCUCACUGCCCCAAUCGUCUUCGCCACUUCUCUCGCUUCGUCGCCACAAGCCUUCAUCCUCCUCCGAUUCCUUAUUGGAUUCUCGCUUGCCAAUUUUGUCGCCAACCAAUUCUGGACGACUUCCAUGUUCUCCAACAGCAUCGUCGGCCUCGCCAACGGAGUCUCCGCAGGCUGGUCCAACGUCGGUUCCGGCGCAACACAGCUCCUGAUGCCACUCAUCUAUUCCCUUAUCAUCAAUCUUGGGGUCUCAUCGUUUACGGCUUGGCGUGUCGCGUUCAUUAUUCCCGCGACUUUUCAGACCCUGACGGCGUUGAUGGUAUUGGCCUACGGCCAAGACUUGCCGGACGGAAACUACAGGGAAAUCCGGCACCGGCGAGCCAUUAAUAAGCCCAAAGAUAGAUUUUUUGAGAUUCUGCUUCAUGGGCUCAGGAAUUACAGGGGAUGGAUACUGGGUUUGAUAUACGGAUUCUGUUUUGGGGUAGAACUAACGAUGGAUAACAUAAUCGCCCAGUAUUUUUACGAUCGAUUUGACGUUGAAAUUCGAGUUUCAGGAGCAAUUGCUGCUAGCUUUGGAUUGGCGAAUAUAGUGUCUCGGCCGAUGGGAGGAGUUUUAUCAGAUGAGAUGGCGAAGAAGUUUGGGAUUCGUGGGAGACUCUGGAGCUUGUGGGUGGUGAUUACUGUGGCUGGUUUACUCUGUAUCUUACUCGGGCGAGUUAACUCUCUUGCUGUUUCCAUAAUCGUGAUGUGUGCUUUCUCGUUCUUUGUUCAAGCUGCUUCUGGGUUAACAUUUGGAGUGGUUCCUUUCGUCUCUAGAAGGUCACUAGGGGUGAUCUCAGGGAUGACUGGGAGUGGUGGAACGAUGGGUUCUGUUGUAACGCAGCUGUUAUUGUUUUCAGGCUCUACAUUCUCAAAGGAAACAGGCAUCUCUCUCAUGGGCGUCAUGAUGAUCGUUUGUAGCUUUUCUGUCACCUUAAUUUACUUUCCUCAAUGGGGUGGCAUGUUCUGUGGCCCAAUAUCCAAGCAUCAGAAUGCUAUGGGCCAAGAUUACUAUUUACUAGAUUGACAUUUUGGUAGGCUCCAUCUGGUUGCAACUAAAGUGAAGAGAAGAAAAGUGAAAAUAA